CGAAAUACGAAUAACAACAUGGCUUCAGAACAAGCAAUAAAACCACUUGCCCAGCAAAAUGGGAAUGCAGACUCUCCCACCAAGGCGCUGGCGCACUUCGCAUCAGCCUUGAGCCCCACAUCCCUUCCUGACGAGGUCACAGACACCCUCAAGAAACUGGUCCUCGACUACAUCGGCGUGACCGUGGGAGGCGUGAGCUACGCCGACUCAACGCCGGCCUUCCUCGCCGCGUUGAAGAAGCUGAGCGCCGGCGAGACCGGAAAGUCAACAGUAUUCGGCAGCGGCUCCACAUUCACCCAGUCAACCGCCUCGCUCCUGAACGGCGCCUUCGCCCACUCCCUCGACUUCGACGACACCUAUGCCCCGGGGACCCUCCACAUAGGCGUGACGGUCAUCCCGGCCGCCCUCGCCGAGGCAGAGAACAUGGCCGACCUCCAGCCGGGCCGCCUGCUCGCCGCCCUCGCGGCCGGGUACGAGACCGUCUGCAGGAUCUCCAAGGCCAACGGCAUGGGCGGCUACGCCAAGGGGUUCCACAACACGUCGACGUGCGGGAUAUUCGGCGCCGUGGCCGCGCUCUGCAACCUCCGGGGCCUGUCCGCCGAGACCGCCGAGAACGCGUUCGGCCUGGCGCUUUCAAAGGCCGGCGGGAGCAUGCAGUACCUUGAGAACGGGGCGUGGAACAAGCGGCUGCAUGCCGGCUUUGCGGCCUCGGAUGCGCUCGUCUGCGUCAACCUGGCUGAGGCUGGGGUGGUCGGGGCCGCCAAGGCCAUUGAGGGUAAGGAUGGAUUCCUGAACUCGUUCGCUGAGGGAGCGGACGUGAAUGCCCUUGCUGUCCAUGACCUGGGUAGCAGGUGGGAGCUUGUUGAUACUGCUAUCAAGCCGUUCCCCGCUUGUCGGAUGACGCACGGGCAGAUCGAGAUGGCGGCGGAGUUCGGGCGUGCUGCGAGAGAGCAAGGCAAGGAGGUCGCGAGGAUCGUUGUCGGCCUGCCUAAACCGUGCUGGGGAAUCGUCGGGGAGCCGACCCCCAACAAGAUACUCCCACAGACUGUUGUCGACGCUCAGUUCAGCACCUACUUCCAGACUGCAUCUGCAUAUCUAUAUGGCUCUGGUCUGGGGUGGGGGGUGUACGAGAAGAUGACUGAUCCCGCAGUCAAGGAGCUGAGCAAGAAAAUCGUUGCCGAGGUGGACGAGUCAUUGAAGUCAUUUGGGAGCACGGUGAAGAUCGAAUGGACGGAUAGCACGCAAGUCAGCAAAGCAUGCCCGCUUCCACUUUGGGAGAAGGAGAGGCCCGUCGACUGGGAGGGCGUGAAGGAGAAGUUCCAGACGCUCUACGUCCCUGACCACAGCCAAGAUGCGGCUGACGAGAUUGCGGCUCUUGUGGGAAGGUUGGAAGAUAUGGAUGUCAGGAAGUUGAUGCAGAUACUGAGUCGAUGA